GGUCUGUGGUGUCAUACAUCCCUUCGGGACGAUGGAGAUGCGAGGAUCGAGGGUUUUAUGAAACGGUGCUUUGCAUGUAGAAAUGGUAAUCUCGUGAUGUACAUCACCACUCCGUCGAAUUUCACGAGGGCGUCGUGCGUUGAAGGACGGGAUCUCUGAAGAGAGGUUCGCACCUCGGCCGGCCGGGUUUUAUCUCGGCAAGAGACGAUUAAAGAGGAUUUCCUCGGUCCGCCGAUAUGGCCGUCGUGGAGGAAUUCGAUUACCUCUGUCGACUCUGCGCUACGAAGACCGGCAUCCUGAUGGGCUUGCCUAUUUUCGAAGCGGGCGAUCAGAUGCGAAACAUAGACAAGAAGAUCGCCGCUUGUCUUCCCGUAAGGGUAUCGAUGACGGAUCAACUACCUAAAGUCGUCUGUGAGGAAUGUGCCUAUAAGCUGGAUCAGUUGUUUGACUUCCGUGAAAAGUGUCUACACACGGAAGGGAUAUUCAUGGAGAUGCUUAAAGAGAUUGCGAAAGAAGAAGUUGUAUGCAUCGAUCACACGUUAGAGGAAGUCGAAGAAAUACCCGUGAUACAAAACCAUAUAAGUAGAAUUCAAAGAAACAUCGGAGAAAUGCAAAGCGAUAUCGAAAGCAUUCAGAAUCACGUUGGCAAUGGCCAACACGAACCAGAAGAAGGCACGAUGCAUACCAUGCAAGUUAUGGAUGACAUGGAUCUAGCUGGAGGAGAGCAGGUGGUUACGCAAGAAGAAAUUAGCCAUCAGGAUGCUGAUAUCCAAGUCACGGGAAUUGACUGCUUGGAUGGCGAGGCUGUUCGAAUGGUCGAUGAGCACAUCCGAGAAGUAUCCGGUCAUCAGAUAGCAAUGCACUUGGAAGGAGAUAUGGCUGUAGUAGGCAAUUUGACAGUCGAAGGGCAUUUAGGUCAACUAGGAAUAAAUUACGUGACAUCUAUUAGUUCCAAUACGCAGAAUGGGGAUCGAAUUGUUCACUACUGUGACGACACAUUUAAAGUUAAAGAUGAAUACCAAAGGCUGCAAGAAAGAUUAAACGAGGAAGACUCUGCACGUGCCAUCGAAACCGAUGUGGCUUCUGACGUUUUCCCUUCGUCCCAUACCGAAAUUGACCGUGAGAUCGAUAAUUCCGGGGUGAUCGAAAAUGGCAAUGGAGAAAGUAGCGAUUCUCUACAUGCAAACACGAUACCUUCCACCAGUCGAGUAAACCCUGGGAAUUCUAGUCUUAUGGUAGAAUAUACAAAAUCAGCAAAACAUGCUCUACUGAACUCGAUCUUAAACAAUCCUACGAUAGACGAGACAGGAUCUAAUUGGUUCGUGUGUCCAUUCUGCAACGAGGCAGCGAUGGAGCCCAACAACCUCAUGGUUCAUUUCGAGCAACAUUUCUGCUGUUGCACGUGUGGCCUCUACUUCACAAGUGUCGAAGUGUUAAACAUUCACAAGCAACAGUGCGAGUUCCACAAAAGUAAGGUUGACAAAGAGGAUAAGAAAGCAGAGCACGUGGAUAAUUCCACUGCGAAUGCCAUCACGGCAACAGAGCAGAAGAAGCCAUCGACUAGGCAAAAGUGGACUCCUAAAAUUUGUUCACAGUGUGGUAAACAAUACAGAACAAAUUAUAAGCUGCAAGAACACAUGCGCAAACACACGGGUGAAAAGCCGUUUCAAUGUUUAGUUUGCGAAAAAGCAUUUCGCAGCAAAAUAGGUCUUGCCCAGCACACCGCAACACAUACUGGACAAUUCGAUUACAACUGUUCGACCUGUGGCAAAGGUUUUCAGUGUAAGAGCUACUUGAUAGUGCAUCAGCGAGUUCAUUCGGAUCUAAAACCAUAUCCCUGUAGCACGUGUGGUCAGAAUUUUAAAACGAAGCAGUCUCUUUUGGACCAUCAGAACAGGCACUUGGGAGUUAAGCCCUACAUGUGCGAAAUCUGUGGUAGGAGUUUCAUAACGAAAGGACUUUGCAAGAGUCAUCAGAAGAUCCACUCGGGCAUGGACAAUCGUCAAUACCCCUGCGUUGUCUGCAACAAGAUGUUUGUCAGCAAAAGCUACCUCAACACGCACUUGCGUAUACACACAGGUGAAAAGCCUUAUCUGUGCGAAGUCUGCGGCAAGGGUUUCCUGACCCGUGUAGAUCUCAGAAUACACUCGACCAUGCACACUGGCGAGAAAAGUUUCAAAUGCGAAAUGUGUGCAAAAGUUUUCGCCAGGAGAGCCGCCCUGAGAUGUCACAGAAGAUCUCAUACGGGAGAACGACCCUACAGGUGCGAUGUCUGCGGGAAAACCUUCACCCAAUUUAGCCCAAUGGCGAUACAUAAACGAUUGCACACCGGAGAACGACCCUACGAAUGCGACGUCUGCGGCAAGGCGUUCGUCUCGCGGUCGACCAUGAUGUGCCACCGGAAGAAGCAUCAGGUCCCCGUGACGACCACGCAAAAGGACGUUCCCGUGAUAAGGGACGAGUCUGAAGUCAAGGAUAACCACUCUGCAGAGAUCGUCCUCCGGGAGUCUCAUGAAGGCAUUCGGAUCACUGCCGAUUAGCCCAAGCACGUGGUCUCGAGAAACGCAUCGACUGAUAAAGUUAAAUCUAGCUAGGAAUAAUAUGGAGAUGACAAAAGGGAGACGCCAUACGUAUACACUUCGGAUACGGUUGUAUUUUCUUUUUAUACGCACGUAAGUAUUGCCUGUUCAUAUUCGUAUUUAUAACUGUCAGUGUUCCCCCCGAGAUCUGUUGACUAGCAGAAACGCCACCUCUGGCUUAAUACAGGAACAAGACGGUUUUCUUCUAUCGAUUUUUAUUACCCAACCGAGCGAAUUUAUAAUUUUGCAUUUAUCGUCCGCAUUGCCCCGCGGUGCUUGACAAGAGAACAAAGUCGUUGCUACUGUAGGUAGAUCUUGUACAGUUACGGCCAUCAAUUUUGUUUGUUCUUUUGCACCAUGGCAACCAUUUGGCUUUGACCAUGGAAUCGUGCUACAAGUAUUGGUUCGUUCAAUUUCAGGAUACCCAAGAUAAUUCCGAUGACAUUGGUAACAAUUAUGUGCUCUACGAUACAUUCUAUAUUUUCAUUUUAAAGGCUUUAGACGACUGAAAUCUUGUACAUAAGUGUUCGUUCAAAUUCUGACAGUAUCUAAUUUUAUCUUCCUUUGGAGACCGGAUCGUGUACAGAACGAGGGCGAAAGAUAAAAAGGUUCCCAAUACCAUUAUUCAUUUUUUGUUCCCACGCGAAUUUGUAUUUCCUCUCGCUUCUUAUCGAGUUUCCCUGUAUCAUCGUACAUUUAUACUGUACGUCGGAUAUCGAAAUCGAUAUUUCGCUAUCGGUUAAGUGUUUUUAUUAUUAUCCUGUGGGGAUAAUGAAUAAAUCCGCUGCAUGUCGUUUUGUAUGAAUUUUAUACGAUACUCUGUAAUUCCUCCAUGGAGUAGAAUAAACAGCGCUUGUGCUUCGUUUUUUUUUUGUCCGACAAAUCGAGGGCAUUAACUUUGCACGGUAUACGCGCGUCCAUCACGUAUUCGAUUAACGAAGGCAAAAGGAUAUUUCUGUAAAAUAACGAGUACUUCGUAGCGCCCGGAUUAGCGCUAAAAACGCUCGAGAAUAUCGUGGACCAGACUUGUACAAUUGCCAUCGGUAAACCAUGGGCUAGUUACGACAACCGACGCAUCGUCUUCUGGAGACAACAUUGAAUUCUCAUGUAAAUACUAAUUCGAAACGUUACUAUAAGAGCUAGAAUAAAUCAGUCGGAGUAUAUUUUACUCAUGAUAAGAUUACACGGAUAAUAUUUAUUCGGUAUACAUAUCGUUAUUACCGUCUCCCCGUAAACGAACAUUACCGAACAAUAAAACGAUUUUCAUAA